AUGGACCAAACCACCCGCCAGUUCCCAACCUUCUCCCCGAUCCAUGGCUCUCCUGCCAAACUAGCUUCACCAACCGCCCUCUCGCCGCCGACGAAAAGCAGCACCAAGACCAAGUACCACCGCCACCACUCGCACCGCCUCCCGCUGUACCGCCGCCCGCACGAUGCGCUCUUCGCGCCGGAUGUAACGUGGCUCGAGCAUCCGGGGGGCACCGACGGCCACGCAUAUUCUCGCGCCGUAGAACGUGAUCCGCGUGCAGGCACACCGGGACCGGGGGGGAAGCAUAGGCACCAUCUACGUCCGCAUCGAAGACACCGCUCGCAUGAUGGCCGGCUAGGUCAUCGCUCGCGCAAGAGAGACAUGCUCGCCAGCGAAGCUACGUCGUCGCAGGGGCCAGGGGGUGAGAGUAUCGUGCCAGGGGGCACGCCGGAACGCGAGGAGUCGGUGCGGCUGCCGUUUGUUCGAUUCAAGGCGCGUGUUAGCAGGGCGGAUGUGGAGAAGCAGAGGGAAAAUCGAGAGAUGCUGGAGAAGUCCAACGCCGCCGCGCUGGCGUCUGUCGCAGAACGAUCGAUUUCCUUCUCUCAGCGCCUGGACGUAGCUUAUUACAACCUUCUUGACCGACUCUCCAGCAUUGGAACGAUGAUCACCUCGUUCCAGCGCCUCCGCGACUUCACGGCCGCCGUUGAUACAGAAUUCACCCGCGAAACCACCAAGCUCGUGCAGGACACAAACAAGCAUAUUGCAGAUUUCGACGAGUUCUCUCCACAAAUCCGCAAGAUCGAAGCGCUCGAGAGCAGGAUGAAAAACUGCCAGGAAACCGCGCUGCAGCUGGACAAGAGGCUCCAGGUUGUCCGAGAGCAGAUUCAAGUCUGGGACCGCAAGGAGAUCGAGUGGCAGAACAUGGUCAGUCGGCGGUUGAGGAUUCUAUGGGCCGUGAUGGUGUGCACGCUUCUGCUGCUCGCCGUUGUCGGCUUGGUGGACCAUUUGAAACCAGAUCUGGGCCUGCGAAGGUCGAAUGGCGGCGGCGCGGAGAACUCGCUGGGUCGCGGCGUCGUCGUCCGUGAUGUACCGCAGGUCAAUAAUGCCUUGACGUGUCGGAAUGAAACGAUCGGUGGUGAUAUGACCAAGGGCCAAGAAAGGCCAGGGAGACAUCUGCCGGUGCCAGAUGCUGAGGCUACUUGCCAUAGUAGCAAGCCUUCGAAGGUGCCGACUAGAGAAACACUGUACGAUGAUGCCGAGGAGAGAAUACAAAGAGUUCUGGAUGAGCUAUAA